AUGACGCGACCUCCACAAAGACCCAUCAAGCGACUUCUUAUCGCGAAUAGGGGGGAGAUAGCAACACGAACUAUCUCUUCAGCGCGAGAACUCGACAUUGAGACGUUCGCAAUCUACGUAUCAGGCGACGACUCGCAUGCCGUCCGAGCAAGCCAUGCGAUCAAACUAUCAUCAGCUUCAUCUUUCAUGAGUAUUGGUGAUCUUGUCGGCAUCGUCAAAAAGCACCAAAUCGAUGCUGUACAUCCAGGAUACGGCUUUCUGUCAGAGUCAGAAGAAUUCUCGAAGAGAGUCUGGCAAGAGACUGGCGCCGUAGUUGUCGGCCCUGGAUGGGGUAUCUUGAGUAAUACUGGAGAUAAACUCAAGGCGAGAGAGCUUGCUCAACAAUGCGACGUCCCAGUAUCUCCAGCACUCCAACAACCGACUAACAAAGUCGAAGACGUCCAACGCUUCGCAUCCGAAGUCGGCUUUCCAAUCAUGGUCAAAGCAGUAGAUGGAGGUGGUGGCCGCGGUAUUCGUCUCAUCCGCAGCGAAGACCAGCUUGCAUCCUUGGUGAAGAGAGCAGUCGAAGAAAGCCCGUCCAAGCAAAUUUUUGCAGAAAAGGCUGCAGUCGAUGGAUUCCGACAUAUCGAAGUACAGAUCAUAGGAGACGGUACUGGAAACGUGAAGCAUCUAUGGGAACGCGAAUGCAGCAUCCAGAGACGAUACCAGAAGAUCGUUGAGCUAGCACCGAGCGUUGUAUCUGACCGCAAAUUGAUCGCAGAAGUCAUUGAAAACGCUCUGAGAAUGGCGAAACAUAUCCAAUACUUCUCACUUGGCACUUUUGAGUUUCUCGUCAACCCAUCAACGAAAGAAUUCUACUUCUUGGAGGUCAAUCCUCGCUUACAAGUCGAGCACACGAUCACGGAGUCCAUCUCCAUGACCGAUAUCGUCAAAGCACAGCUACUACUCUCCCAGGGUGCAUCUCUGAAUGACUGCGGCCUACCAGUCGCCGAGAGAGACCCGGAAGUUCCUCCUCCAGUGCAUUCCAUCCAACUUCGCAUCACUGCGGAGAAUGUUCAGAGCGAUUGGUCAUUAUCAAUUGGCAAGAUCACCUCUUUCCAGUUCCCUUCGGGUAACGGUAUUAGGGUCGACACACAUCUCAUCAGUGGCCGAUCCGCCGUGGUUUCUGUAGACUUCGACAGUCUAAUCGCAAAGGUCAUCGUCACAGCGUCAUCAUGGAAAGAUACCGUUUGCAAAGCCCAGCGAGCGUUGGAUGAUACGCAGAUCGCAGGAACGGACAAUGCGACACGCAAUGGCUUGAAAGUAGACAAUCCGAGCUCCUCCAAUCAAGCCAAAUCAUCGCUUCAGUCAGCCCAGAUACCCUAA